AUGGGUAGCGGGGCGGCACUACGCCAAGGCCCACCCUGCAGGGACCAGCGCUCCACACAGUUGGUGAUGAGGUACUGGUUCUUCAGCUUCAUCUGGCCUCCCAGUAGGUAAAUAGUAUCACCCAGUGCCCCCAGCGCGUAUGAGUCUCGGUAUUCAGCUGAGCUCAGGUGCUCCCAGGUCCCCUGGGCCUCCACCCUGUACCUGAGGAGGCCAACACAGACAAGAGUCAGGGACAGGGGUUUUAGUCCGACUCUAGCAUGCUAAAAUGAACACAGGAGUGCUGACCAUCAUUCUCACCUGGCCACACACUCUACCUGUCUACACGUAGCAGUCUGAAGUGUCGCCACUUGCGCCAGCGAAUAGCUAGCUUUUCGCGUGGUGCCGAUUGGUAAGACGCUUCAAGAGGGAGGUGUCAUGACUUGCCCUCAUGGGUUGAGGAUCAUUCCUGCUAGGCAAAGGUUUGAACACCCCCUUUCCUGGGGGCCAGUUUUAUGACUUAACAGCCAGUCAUAAAUAGUUUGCAGAAAAUGACUCCUUUUGGUCUCUAGUAUGGGAAGAAAGAAUUUCCCUGUGAGACAAAGGAAGUCUUCCCGCCAAGACUCCAACAUCCAAAAGUGGAUAAUGAAACAAUAUUCCUACUUAAAAGAAUGUGGAAAAUGGUCAGUGGGGAUCUAAAGAAUAAUAAUGUCAUAUUGUUUAUUAUUUUGUGAUGUCAUUAAGGAUGGUAUCAAGUAAUAACUGUAACUCAGAAAGUGUACAUAUUCUAUCUAUCAAGUUUACAUCUAAAUGUUGUAUAAAAUAUAUUAUUAAGUAUGAGAGUAUUUUGGUGAAGAUAGGAAUGUGAUUUUAGUCUUCUUCUAAAGAUAAUAGUUUUUCAUAUAAACUAUGCACAGUGACUAGCCACGCCCCGAGUGACAUCAGAGAUCGUGUAAACAUGAUGGAACGCCCCUUUUACCCCGAGUGCAUAAAAAGCCUUGAAAAACAAAUCAACCUUUAGACCUGCAGACGUGAAGCGUGAAGCUACACGUUACAAAAUGGUUAGACUAGAAAGACCAGCAGACGUGAAGCAUGAGCCAAACGUUGCAAAUGGUUGAAUUUCUACAAGACCAGUAAGCCCCACGGCUUAAAAUGGUUGACACUCUACAAGACCAAGAAGGGUGAAGCUGAAGCUAAACGUUACAAAAUGGUUAGACUAGAAAGAACAGAAAACGUGAGACGUUAGUCCACACGUUUGAAAUGGAAAAACUCUCAACCUCUCAACCUCUACACGAGGUGAAGAAGAAGACAAUGCACUAGACCUUAUCAUUUCAGUCUGCAGCUGGCAUGUACAGUUGAAGUCGGAAGUUUACAUACACCUUAGCCAAACACAUUUAAACUCAGUUUUUCACAAUUCCUGACAUUUAAUCCUAAUAAAAAUUCCCUGUCUUAGGUCAGUUAGGAUCACCACUUUAUUUUAAGAAUGUGAAAUGUCAGAAUAAUAGUAGAGAGAAGGAUUUAUUUCAGCUUUUAUUUCUUUCAUCACAUUCCCAGUGGGUCAGAAGUUUACAUACACUCAAUUAGUAUUUGGUAGCAUUGCCUUUAAAUUGUUUAACUUGGGUCAAACGUUUCGGGUAGCCUUCCACAAGCUUCCCACAAUAAAUUGGGUGAAUUUUGGCCCAUUCUUCCUGACAGAGCUGGUGUAACUGAGUCAGGUUUGUAGGCCUCCUUGCUCGCACACGCUUUUUCAGUUCUGCCCACAAAUGUUCUAUAGGAUUGAGGUCAUGGCUUUGCGAUGGCCACUUCAAUACGUUUACUUAGUUGUCCUUAAGCCAUUUUGCCACAACUUUGGAAGUAUGCUUGGGGUCAUUGUCCAUUUGGAAGACCCAUUUGCGACCAAGCUUUAACUUCCUGACUGAUGUCUUGAGAUGUUACUUCAAUAUAUCCACAUAAUUUCCCUUCCUCAUGAUGCCAUAAAUUUUCUGAAGUGCACCAGUCCCUCCUGCAGCAAAGCACCCCCACAGCAUGAUGCUGCCACCCCCGUGCUUCACGGUUGGGAUGGUGUUCUUCGGCUUGCAAGAAUCCCCCUUUUUCUUCCAAACAUAACGAUGGUCAUUAUGGCCAAACAGUUCUAUUUUUGUUUCAAUAGACCAGAGGACAUUUCUCCAAAAAGUACGAUCUUUGUCCCCAUGUGCAGUUGCAAACCGUAGUCUGGCUUUUUUUAUGGCAGUUUUGGAGCAGUGGCUUCUUCCUUGCUGAGCGGCCUUUCAGGUGAUGUCGAUAUAGGACUCGUUUUACUGUGGAUAUAGAUACUUUUGUCCCUGUUUCCUCCAGCAUCUUCACAAGGUCUUUUGCUGUUGUUCUGGGAUUGAUUUGCACAUUUCACACCAAAGUACGUUCAUCUCUAGGAGACAGAACGCGUCUCCUUCCUGAGCGGUAUGACGGCUGCGUGGUCCCAUGGUGUUUAUACUUGCGUACUAUUGUUUGUACAGAUGAACAUGGUACCUUCAGGCGUUGGGAAAUUGCUCCCAAGGAUGAACCAGACUUGUGGAGGUCUACAAUGUUUUUUUCUGAGGUCUUGGCUGAUUUCUUUUGAUUUUCCCAUGAUGUCAACCAAAGAGGCACAGAGUUUGAAGGUAGGCCUUGAAAUACAUCCACAGGUACACCUCCAAUUGACUCAAAUUAUGUCAAUUAGCCUACCAGAAGCUUCUAAAGCCAUGACAUAAUUUUCUGGAAUUUUCCAAGCUGUUUAAAGGCACAGUCAACUUAGUGUAUGUAAACUUCUGACCCACUGGAAUUGUGAUACAGUGAAUUAUAAGUGAAAUAAUCUGUCUGUAAACAAUUGUUGGAAAAAUUACUUGUGUCAUGCACAAAGUCGACGUCCUAACCGACUUGCCAAAACUAUAGUUUGUUAACAAGAAAUGUGUGUAGUGGUUGAAAAACGGGUUUUAAUGACUCCAACCUAAGUGUAUGUAAACUUCUGACUUCAACUGUAUAGUCGUCUAGAUAACUUUCACUAAAGACACGAGAUAGAGGACAAUCCCUCUCAGACAACCGCUGGUACAUCUGAAGUAUAUCCAUUCUAACCACCACUACGACCAGAAACUCUACCAAGGACAUUGAGAUCUCUGGUGGGCAAACCAGAGUCCUACAUCAUCAACUCAACUAUCGAGGACAGCAACACGUAAAUACAUGUUGCAUUUCUAAUCCAAAUGAGCGUUAUUAGGGUGCAUAAGUAUUAUGAUUACUGUGAGCGUAGUCUCCAAAGUAACUACGAUAGUUUGAAUCUCUGUCUCUCCCUUCCAUUCUGACCCCUCCACUACCCAAGCAUUCAUGCUAAUAUUAGUCCAGUCCACUAGGGACCUGUUUUCAUUGUAUUACGUUAGUAAUCAAUAACCUGUGUGUGUUUGUAUUGUGUUAUUAUUUAGUUAAUUAGUAAAUAAAUAAUUAUGUCAAUUUGUGUAUUGCUGAUUCAUCAAUAAGGCUAGGGUUUUUGCAGGUUCAAGGAUUAUGUGACGUUCAGAAUGAGACUGAUAAGAGGUAAUUAUUUAAUAAGUGACUGUUAUCGAUAUAUAUAACAUACAUAUCUUCUAAGAGUUUAAUUCGGGAGAUGGUAACUCAUUAAACAACUUCUUCCGUGGUGCCCCAAAUUCCUAAUGAGUUAAUUGUUACAAGAUUAAUUUAAUCGAGUGACAAUUAAACAUAGUUAGGUGAUUCGAUAAAUAACAGUCAUACAUUAAAGUAAGUCACGUCACGACAGCGGUCACGUGUGCUAGCAAGGAAGAGGCCCUGGGUUCAAGCCUCAGUGUGAGCCAAAUAAGGAGGAAGCGGUACUCGCUAAGCAAGCAGAGUUUACAUACGCACUCUACCUGGCCACACACUCUACCUGGGUACGCACUCUACCUGGCCACACACUCCACCUGGGUACACACUCCACCUGGGUACACACUCCACCUGGGUACACACUCCACCUGGCCACACACUCUACCUGGCCACGCACUCCACCUGGGUACGCACUCUACCUGGCCACACACUCCACCUGGGUACGCACUCCACCUGGCCACGCACUCCACCUGGGUACGCACUCUACCUGGCCACACACUCCACCUGGCCACACACUCCACCUGGGUACACACUCCACCUGGGUACACACUCCACCUGGGUACACACUCCACCUGGCCACACACUCCACCUGGCCACACACUCCACCUGACCACACACUCCACCUGGCCACACACUCCACCUGGGUACACACUCCACCUGGGUACACACUCCACCUGGCCACACACUCCACCUGGCCACACACUCCACCUGGCCACACACUCCACCUGGCCACACACUCCACCUGGCUACACACUCCACCUGGGUACACACUCCACCUGGGUACACACUCCACCUGGCCACACACUCCACCUGGCCACACACUCCACCUGGCCACACACUCCACCUGGCCACAGCACAUAAACAGUAUGCCACUGACUGUCACUCUCAUCACUGACCAAUAGGUUUAUUACUGCUGAUGAUUUCAUUCAAAACACACAUUCCUACCUGAAUAUCUCCACAUUCCUGUCCGUCUGCCUGGCCAUUUUCCUCACUCCUGCCUCCCCAGCCACCACAAUCUCGUUGCCCUCGGUGACGACCCCGGCACACACGAAUCCCAGAACAUCUCCAUAGCGUGGGGACGUGAUGUAGUAGGUGCGGCCCGUGGAGGGGGCAUAGCAGAAGCUGCGUUCUGAAUAAUUUCCAUACCGCGAUCGGAUCCCUCCGCCCUCGUUGCCGAUGCAGAGCAGCAGAUCUGUGGUCUCCAUCCCAUAGCGGAGCUUCAGUUUCCGGGGAGCAGCUGCAGGAUGCAUCCCAGUGGCCUCCAGAGCCUCCUCCAUCAUCUCCAGACACUCUGCAUCUGCCAGAAGGGACAUAUUCCUCUUCAUGGCCUCCUUCAGGUAGUCAGGGGCCACCAGGGGGAGGCGCACCUUCCUCAGGAGCUCAGCCAGGUGUCUACUCCGCCCGUCCUCCACCCAGUCUCCCAGAGUGUCCUGCCUGACCCAGCGCAGCACCACGUCCAGGAUGGUCUCCUCCCGUGACACGUUGAGGUCGUCAGAGCUCAGCAGCGCCCCAAGCUGAUGGGCCUCUAGUUCUAGAAUCUCCUCGCUCAUACACACCUGAACGAAGUGUGUCCGUAGGUAUCUCUGGGCAUGGUCGGCCAGCUCCUCGGCUCCCAGGUCACGGGCGUAGUAGUACACCCCGAGGCAGUUGGAAGCGUCCAUGUUCUCCCUCAUGUGGCUCUGGCAGCGGUUGAACACCUCGUCCAUCUGUAGAAGGAAGGCAGCGACGGACACCCCCUGUACAUUUGCGUUGUUGAGUGGGAGCUCAGAACAGUACAUGUAGUUCAACAAUAGACUCAGGCUAUCGGCUGGGGUGUCACGCAGAAAUACUUCCCUAGUAUUGCACUCCCGCAGGCCACAGGUGAACAUGACCCGGAAGUAAGGGCUGAAGGCUGAGAGGACCACGCGGUGGCAGGGGAAGCUGAUGCCCUCAGCCACAAGCACCACAUCUGUCAGCUUUUCUGUCUCCCUCAUCUUCCUCAGCUGGUCCAGAAGACCCAGACUGUGUUUAGCUCUCAGAUCCAUUUGGAUCUAAUGUCUAUUCAACAGUAAUAACUUAACUCAGAAUUUUUUUUGAAAAACAGAAAUAGAUUUAAAUAAAUAUAAAAACAAGGAGGUUCUUUAUCUGAAAAGUAGAGAAAGAAAGAAACAGAAGUUCAAUGUUGAUCUGAUCAAGCCCCCAGUACAUUGUUUACAUUUAUGUUGAGUAGAGUUUUGUAAUCGGUCAUUUUGUGAAUAUUUUAUAGUUAAAAAGACAUUCAUUAUCUUCAAAUUUGUAGUUCUGACCUUGUCAAUAUAAAUCAGUACGUGUGAAGAGCCUUUCUUACUGGAAUUCCCAUUUCCCACAUUGACACUUAGACCACAGCAUAACAGUACAGCAACUAAAGCAUGGCCAUGCCCUGCUGCCGCUGCGAAACCAGGGAUCCAUGUUAAACACUAAUUAGUAUCAUCUCCCACUAUGCAUUGUGUUACUAAAGUCUUACGCCCUUUAGUCUUAUUAGAGAGUAUUUUGCCCUUUGAUCAGUCAAGCCUAUUUCAUCCUGUCCUACCAGUCAGUGGGAAUCCUCUUAUUCCAGUAGACCAUCAGGUUCCUCAGCCAGCCAGGCUGCAGGCGUUGUUGUUAAUGUAGCUGAAUGCACCUGGAAGAGGGGUCAGAGAGUGACAGGGGGCCUAGCUAUCCUCUCUGAAACACUGUUUACCUACCCCUUCCCUCGCUGCCUGCCUGAAUGCCCUGGCCCUCUGAGCUGAGCAACACACCUUAAAAUAGACUGAUAUGGGCAAUGGAACAGCAACUAGGUCAUAGAGGCAGCAGGCAUAUAGCGGUGAGGGGCACACUUUGUUUUUACACAGAAUAAUGUCAGGAGACUCACAUAUGAUAAUGUUGUGUAAUGUUGAGCAAUGCUCUUGUCGAAUUUCACAAGUAUAAUAUAACCCAAUUGCUAUUCUUUGCUAUUGCUAUAUUUUGGGGGGAAAGGGGGGGUGGGGGUGGGUUCUCGAUCACGUGUAGGCUUAUGUAUCUGUGGAAUGGCACAUAGAACCAGCUUCUGGGUUGGAUUCGAAUUUCACGACAUCACUCUCUUAAAGUGACUACAGUCAUUUUGAAUGAUAAUAAUCACAAUAUUCAAAAUAAUCAUAAUAAUAAACUUGCGAUGAUGCAGCUGAUACUUUGUUCAUACCACUCAACAGAUUGAUGUUAAAAUAUUAACCUGAGGUGGUGUGAACCAUAGAAUUAGGAAUUAGUCAUUUCAUAGGAUCUCUAUGGUGUGAACAUCCUGAACAAAGCAAUGAAUGACCCUUCUGACCCCUACAGGUAUUGCAAGAAACAACAACUGUGAUAUCCUGUGUAGUCCGUAAAUCAGAAAUCAGUCAGUAAUCUAUAAUUUUCUUGAUGUUGCUUUUUCCAUAUCUGUCUGUCCACUGUCCUCUAAACCACAGCUGUCUGUAAUAGAUGACAGGACUAGUAUGUCAUCAGCUACUGGCUGCCUGGUGUUUUCAUGGUUCAUUAGCAACACUUUUGCAGUGUAAGGAAUCUGGUGGUGGAACACCUCCUUCCUAUGACCAGAGUGCAGUCCGGACACCCCAGAUUUCCUGAAAUGAGGCUCUUCAAGACUUUGAAUGACCAAAUAUGAGGAGGAAAAAUGUCUCCUAGUUAGCCAUCCCUUACACGCGAUGAACCCCCCCCCCCCCCCCCCCCCUCCAUUGUGGUGACAGUACUCUCAUCUCUGAUAGUGAUACAGAACCUCAGUCAAUGGAAAUGCCCAUGCGCUUUAGGUGAAAAAGUUUACUUUUUAGUAAACCUGUUUUAUUCGGUGUUACCUGUCAUAUUGUAUAAAAGAGGGACUGACAGGCACUUCAAGCGACUUACACAGGGAGGAAGAAAUAGCCCAACCUGGUACCACAAGGUGGUAUGGGUGCAGGCGGAGGGCUAGGGGGUACGGAGUGGAGUGUGUGAAUAUGUGUGUGAGUUUCUGAUUUAUUGCAAAUAGAUGUGAGUCCUGUGGCUCAUGCUCAUUGCUGCCUGUUGGCUGGAAGCAUAUACUGUACUGUAGAUUAACCUGUCUUCCUAGAAAAAUACUUCAAAGCACUACUUAAGUAGUUUUUUGGGGUAUCUGUACUUUACUAUUUAUAUUUUUGACAACUUUUACUUUUACUUCACUACAUUCCUAAAGAAAAUAAUGUACUUUUUACUCCAUACAUUUUCCCUGACACCCAAAAGUUACAUUUCGAAUGCUUAGCAGGACAGGAAAAUGGUCCAAUUCACGCACUCAUCAAGAUAACAUCCCUGGUCCUCCCUACUGCCUCUGAUCUGGCGGACUCACUAAACACAUAUUCUUCGUUUGUAAAUGAUGUCUGAGUGUUGGAGUGUGCCCCUGGCUAAACGUAAAAAUAAAUAAACAUACUUUACUUUUGAUACUUAAGAAUAUUUAAAACCAAAUACUUUUACUCAAGUAGUAUUUUACUUGGUGACUUUCACUUUUACUUGAGUCAUUUUCUAUUAAGGUAGCUUUACUUUUACUCAAGUAUGACAAUUGGGUACUUUUUCCACCACUGACGCUAACCCUAACUCUAGGUUUAUGUUCAGAUCCCGUUUCAACCCUAACCCUAAUUUCAUGUCCACAUCUCGGUUCAACCCUUACCUAGCCUGAACCCUGACCCUAUCCUUGUUAAGUAUGUCUGUCUUUGGUCUACUUCUUCUUCGGGACGUCCAGACAUAUUUCCAUAGGCAAGUGGACAGAAAUAUGUAUCGGUAGUAUGUGAAUGGUUGAUAAGGACUAAGAUUAACACUCCCAGUCAGCCCAACUCUUUUUGUUCAUACAAAUGUAUACAAAUGUACAUACACAGGUGUUGUUAUGUUGUGUUUGUGUGCAGGUACGAUUGCAGUGCUCAGUAACAUGGUUGGAAGUGUGACAGAGAAGUUGUCUCCAGACAAAAACUUCCUGGUCAUGAUGAAUAGGACUAACCUGACUGAGGUGAACAUCAUUGCCAGGGACAGGCAUUACUGGAACCAUGUCGUCCAAAAAGUUAUACUUUUGAAUCAUCUGUCCAUAGAACGUUCUUGAACACUGCAUAUUUCUAACCUCAUCUCUCAGGGCCUGUGUUUUGCACAAACAAAUCAAAAAGCGCAGCAUCAGCAGGUGCCAGGUGGCAAUUCAUUCUUGGCACUUUAAAACAGGUUUUUCAGGCCAAAGUCAGUGAUUGAUUAAAAAAGUGGGAGCCAAAAAACAUUUGAUUAAAAAGUCAGAACAAAAGACAGCAUCUAUUUAAUGAUUGCACAGUAGCUCUGACUGAGAACUGGAGUGCUCUGGUGGUGACCCAACUCUGCCUUCCUCUCUUUCAGCCCGAGAUACUCUGUUCUGGGACACGUUCCAGGGACAGAGCUCUACUUGGACAUUGAGACCCACAGAGAGGUGAAACAGCAGACCUGGGGAAGCAGCAGGAAAAGUGGUUACCUGGGGAAGCAGCAGGAAAAUAGGUUACAUGGGGAAGCAGCAGGAAAAUAGGUUACCUGGGGAAGCAGCAGGAAAAGAGGUUACCUGGGGAAGCAGCAGGAAAAGAGGUUACCUGGGGAAGCAGCAGGAAAAGAGGUUACCUGGGGAAGCAGCAGGAAAAGAGGUUACCUGGGGAAGCAGCAGAAAAAGAGGUUACAUGGGGAAGCAGCAGGAAAAGAGGUUACCUGGGGAAGCAGCAGGAAGAGAGGUAGUGGUGGCAGUCAGUAGGUGAUAAUGUGAAGGGGAGAGUAAACCAUAAUAACCUUGUUGUUUGUUUGUGUGAGAGAAGUCCCUGGCAUCACUAUCUUCCACUCCUCUGCCACCAUGUACUUUGCCAACGCUGGUCUCUAUCUUGAGGCUCUGAAAGACAAGGUGGCCUUUUUUAUACAACUGACAGUGAUACUAAUUUGCACUUCAUGUGAUACUUAUUUGCACUUCCCGGGUUGCGUCCUAAAUGGUACACUAUUCCCUAGAUAGUGCACUACUUUUGACCAGAGCCCUAUGAAAGUUGGACACUACUUAGGGAAUAGGGUGCAAUUUGAGACGCAUACCCUUGUGUUUCAUGACUGCAGGCCUACCUUUGGAACAUGUGUUUGAUGUGAUGACAGAUUGAGUAUCUGUCUUUAAAGUGGGCUUGACAUCAGCAAGAUGAUAAUCUACAAGAGAAGACAAGGCCAAGCAGAGACACAGAGAGAAGAGAGUUGAGAGGAGAGCUAGGAGGGAGGCCAGGAGACAGGUGAGACACUGUGGGAACCGCCAUUCAUAUACAUUUGAAUAACAUUUUCAAAACAAUUCUGGAAUUCAUCUGGACAUACACUUGUCCUGUAUAAAUCUAUACAGUGCCUUCAGAAAGUAUUCACAACCAUUGACUUUUUCCACAUUUUGUUGUGUUACAGCCUGAAUUUAAAUGGAUAAAAUUGAGAUUCUGUGUCACUGGCCUACACACAAUACCCCACAAUGUCAAAGUGGAAUUAUGUUUUGAGAAAAUGUUACAAAUUAAUUAAAAAGGAAAAGCUGAAAUGUCUUGCGUCAAUAAGUAUUCAACCCUUUUGUUAUGGCAAGCCUAAAUAAGUUCAGGAGUACAAAUUUCUCAUAAUAAUAUGCAUGGACUCACUCUGUGUGCAAUAAUUAAGCAAUAAAGCACAAGAGGCAGUGCUGUAUUAUGAAUACAGUCACAGGUAAAUGGCGUUGUGCGGCCCGACGCAAUAUUUUAUAAAACUGUUACCAACAUAUAAAAAUAACAAUGAAUUACAUAUUUUCAUUAAAACGUUAUUUUGAUAAGUCAAUUCAUACAAUUUCAUUCUUCCACCAGAAGUUAUAGUCCAGAAACAAAUCUGGUUGUUAGUUCUUUUGGUCAUGUUGCUAUGCAAAAGGACUGGUCGUCCAUUUUAAACAAAAUAUAAUGUUCUUGUCACUUGCUAGCUAACUUCAGCUAACUCAGUCAUGCCAAACAUUGAACCUGGAAUGACAGUAGCUGCAUUUUCGUUUGUUUGAGCAUUUUUUAUAUUGGCAUUUGCUUGGAUAUGUCCAUUGAUAAUGACAUUUCGACUGGCUCACAAAAAGUGGUCUCGUCUCGUCUGGGCACCAUUCACUCCAUGUAUAGUACUGAGAUCGAAAUUCAAAAGUGAAACAAUUAUAAUUAUUAUAAUUAUUUAAUUACAACAAUAAUACCAAUAUUACACAUCAAUACAGGGACAUUCGAGGUCAGACAGGCAGACAGCGAGGCUUAUAUUAACCCCCGCUAUACUAAACAAAAUGCUAGGCUGGAAGCAAGGGGAAAUAAUGUGCGAGUUGAGAUAAAUACAAGAAAUGGUUCGGACAGCAACAUGAACAUGAUAUUCUUAUGGAGGCGCGGAGUUCAUUUUCAGAUGGAACUGUCAGCACGCAUAGGUGUGUCUGUGACUGCCAAUACAUCACGGCUUGGAACGCUGCUCGUCCAAUCAUCAUCCAGGAUCCAAACAACCAGUUUCAUAAUAGUGUUUAACAUGAUUUUUUAAUGACUACCUCAUCUCUGUAACCCACUCAUACAAUUAUCUGUAAGGUCCUUAAGUCGAGCAGUGAAUUUCAAACACAGAUUGAACCACAAAGACCAGGGAGGUUUUCCAAUGCCUUGCAAAGAAGGGCACCUAUUGGUAAAUCGGUUUUUAAAAAAGCAGACACUGAAUAUCCCUUUGAGCAUGGUGAAGUAAUUCAUUACACUUUGGAUGGUGUAUCAAUACACCCAGUCACUACAAAGAUACAGGCUUCCUUCCUAACUCAGUUGCCGGAGAGGAAGGAAACCACUCAGGGAUUUCACCAUGAGGCCAAUGGUGACUUUAAAACAGUUACCGAGUUUAAUGGCUGUGAUAGGAGAAAACUGAGGAUGGAUCAACAACAUUGAAAAAGUUACUCCACAAUAUUAACCUAAUUGACAGUGUGAAAAGAAGGAAGCCUGUACAGAAUUAAAAUAUUCUAAAACAUGCAUCCUCUUUUCAAUAAGGCACUAAAGUAAAACUGCAAAAAAAAUGUGGCGAAGAAAUUAACUUUGUGUCCUGAAUACAAAGCGUUACGUUUAAGGAAAAUCCAAUGACACAUCACUGAGUACCACUCUUCAUAUUUUCAAGCAUAGAGGUGGCUGUAUCAUGUUAUGGGUAUGCUUGUCAUACAUGGGAGUUUUUUUUUAUAUACAAAUAAUUGGGAUGCACAGGCAAAAUCCAGGUGGAAAACCUGUUUCAGUCUGCUUUCCAACAGACACUGGGAGACAAAUGUACCUUUCAGCAGGACAAUAACCUAAAACACAAGGACAAAUAUACACUGGAGUUGCUUACCAAGACGACAUUGAAUUUUCCUGAGUGCCCUAGUUACAGUUUUGACUUAAAUUGGCUUGAAAAUCUAUGGCAAGACCUGAAAAUGGCUGUCUAACAAUGAACAACAACCAACUUGACAGAGCUUGAAGAAUUUAAAAAAGAAUAAUGUGCAAAUAUUGUACAAUACAGGUGUGUAAAGCUCUUAGAGACUUACCCAGAAAGACUCACAGCUGUAACCGCUGCCAAAGGUUAUUCUAACAGGUAUUGUCUCAGGGGUGUGAAUACUUAUGUAAAUGCGAUAUUUCUCUAUUUCAUUUUCAAUACAUUUGCAAAAAUCUCUAAAAACAUGUUUUCACUUUGUCAUUAUGGGGUAUUGUGUGUAGGUUGGUGAUUUUGAAUUCAGGCUGUAACACAACAAAAUAUGUAAUAAGUCAAGGGGUAUGAAUACUUUCUGAAGGCACUGUAUAACCUCGUUAAAACAAACCUGUUGUUUAUGUGUGGACUGUGCAGAGGCGGGCUCUGAAAGCCGAGGAGCAGCAGAGGACAGGAGUGUUCUCUGUAGAGGAGGAGGCGGGGCAAUGGAGAGAGCCGGGGGGCAGAGAUGAAGACAGAGACAGGGAGGAGUCACUGGGUGACAACCAACCAGGUUGGUGCGGCUGCGAGAAUGUCACUGUGUUCGUCAUGCCAACAAUGCCUCACACGCCCAAUGACCACUAGUACCUGAAGGGCGGUUGAGACCCAGACAGUGCCACCCUGGUGACAGAGUCGGAACUGCAAGACGGGGACACCACCACUCUGGGCUUCAGUAAUGAGGAUACCCUGAGCCGGGAACUGGAUAAGGUCUCCCUGGGAUCGCUGGGCAAGUGGACCUGGGACAUCCACUCCAUCAUCCUAGACCCGUCCACGGCUAACUUCAUCGAUACCGUGGCUAUUAAGACCAUGAGACAUGUGAGCGGGUGAUGAUGAGGGGAGGGAAAUUAUGAGAUAGGAGAGAUGGCCUUGUAUUGAAGAGAACAAAAUCAUAAAUGACGGUGCCUCAAUAAAAGGUAUAGGGGGAGAAAAUGAUUAGGAUGACAAUUGUUUGGUCGGUUGAGAUAAGAGUUUAGGAUGUUAAAAGCAGAGUGCUUAAUCCUCCAGUCCAGUUUUGACAGAUAUUCCACGACUUUUGUGAGAUUGAUGUUACUGUCUACAUGGCUGAGUUUCAAUGUACAGUGAGGGAAAAAAAAGUAUUUGAUCCCCUGCUGAUUUUGCAUUUUAAUGAGGGAAAUAAGUAUUUGACCCCCUCUCAAUCAGAAAGAUUUCUGCCUCCCAGGUGUCUUUUAUACAGGUAGUGAGCUGAGAUUAGGAGCACACUCUUAAAGGGAGUGCUCCUAAUCUCAGUUUGUUACCUGUAUAAAAGACACCUGUCCACAGAAGCAAUCAAUCAAUCAGAUUCCAAACUCUCCACCAUGGCCAAGACCAAAGAGCUCUCCAAGGAUGUCAGGGACAAGAUUGUAGACCUACACAAGGCUGGAAUGGGCUACAAGACCAUCGCCAAGCAGCUUGGUGAGAAGGUGACAACUGUUGGUGCGAUUAUUCGCAAAUGGAAGAAACACAAAAUAACUGUCAAUCUCCCUCGGCCUGGGGCUCCAUGCAAGAUCUCACCUCGUGGAGUUGCAAUGAUCAUGAGAACGGUGAGGAAUCAGCCCAGAACUACACGGGUGGAUCUUGUCAAUGAUCUCAAGGCAGCUGGGACCAUAGUCACCAAGAAAACAAUUGGUAACACACUACGCCGUGAAGGACUGAAAUCCUGCAGCGCCCGCAAGGUCCCCCUGCUCAAGAAAGCACAUAUACAGGGCCGUCUGAAGUUUGCCAAUGAACAUCUGGAUGAUUCAGAGGAGAACUGGGUGAAAGUGUUGUGGUCAGAUGAGACCAAAAUGGAGCUCUUUGGCAUCAACUCAACUCGCCAUGUUUGGAGGAGGAGGAAUGCUGCCUAUGACCCCAAGAACACCAUCCCCACCGUCAAACAUGGAGGUGGAAACAUUAUGCUUUGGGGGUGUUUUUCUGCUAAGGGGACAGGACAACUUCACCGCAUCAAAGGGACGAUGGACGGGGCCACGUACCGUCAAAUCUUGGGUGAGAACCUCCUUCCCUCAGCCAGGGCAUUGAAAAUGGGUCGUGGAUGGGUAUUCCAGCAUGACAAUGACCCAAAACACACAGUCAAGGCAACAAAGGAGUGGCUCAAGAAGUAGCACAUUAAGGUCCUGGAGUGGCCUAGCCAGUCUCCAGACCUUAAUCCCAUAGAAAAUCUGUGGAGGGAGCUGAAGAUUCGAGUUGCCAAACGUCAGCCUCGAAACCUUAAUGACUUGGAGAAGAUCUGCAAAGAGGAGUGGGACAAAAUCCCUCCUGAGAUGUGUGCAAACCUGGUGCCCAACUACAAGAAACGUCUGUCCUCUGUGAUUGCCAACAAGGGUUUUGCCACCAAGUACUAAGUCAUGUUUUGCAGAGGGGUCAAAUACUUAUUUCCCUCAUUAAAAAGCUAAUCAAUUUAUAACAUUUUUUACAUGCAUUUUUUUUCCGAUUUUUUUGUUGUUAUUCUGUCUCUCACUGUUCAAAUAAACCUACCAUUAAAAUUAUAGACUGAUCAUUUCUUUGUUAGUGGGCAAACGUACAAAAUCAGCAGGGGAUCAAAUACUUUUUUCCCUCACUGUAAGUGAGACCUGUAUCUGUAGCUAAUAAAUUAAUAACUCAUUACUUUGAAUAUGACAUGUAAAUAACUCUUUACUUUUCCUAUCCAGUGUCUGUGGUGGAGCAGUUAGAGCUGGGAGGGUUCUUCUCGGAGUCCAUCACUAAAGGACGUCUGUUUGCUACUGUCCAUUAA